AUGUCUACACAAACGCCUGAUAUCCAAUCUAUACUUGCGGCGCUUGCCUCGCAGCGCCAGGCCCCUCCAGCAGGAGGCCAAACCCCAGGCCAACCACCCAUCCCCGGCGCGCCUGCCUACCCUCCUCCGUCCGACCAACAGCCCUCAGCCGCGUAUCCUCCUCCCCCUUCAUCGGCCUCAUAUGGAGCUCCACCUGGAUACUCUAUUCCCCAACCAGCCGCGUCUGGGAACAUGGAUCUCAGCGCCAUCCGACCCGUCAACUCGGGAACCGUAAGCAUCGCGGAGGCAAUUGCAAAGGCCAAGUCAUAUGCUGCCGAAGCCGGCGUUGCCUCGUAUGAGCGGCCCGUCGUUUAUCCGGCACAUAACGGACGCGGGGAUGGCCGCGACAGCCGUGAAGGACGUGACUAUCGUCGUCGUAGCCGCUCAAAGUCUCCUGCUUCGCGCCGUGACACUUAUCGUGACAACUACAACCCGUACAGGGAUGAGCGCCGCGAAGAGCGCUCGCGUGACUAUGGACACCCUGGUGGCCGAUAUUCGCCCGAUGGCCACGGUCGUGGCGGCCCGUACCGUAGCUCUAAUGGAAGAGAUAGGGACAGGUCCCCUCCCAGGGGCGGUGACGAUAACUCGGAAACCAUCCAGAUCGAGGGCAACCUGGUCGGUCUUAUCAUUGGCCGACAGGGAGAGAACCUUCGCCGGAUUGAGGGAGAGACUGGUUGUCGCGUCCAGUUCCUCGGCACGGCUGAUAACUCUUCUAUGCGACAGUGCAAGAUUACUGGCCCUCGUGCGCGCCGUGCAGACGUGAAAGAAGCUAUUGAUCGUAUUAUUCGUGAUACUGGUGUCAGUUCUAGCCGAGGACCUCCCCCGGAGCGCGCCCCCAAGGAACACCGCGGAGGAGCGGCGGCCCUGAGGGAGGGCGAGGACCACAUGCAGAUCAUGGUGCCCGACCCGACCGUCGGUCUCAUCAUAGGUCGCGGCGGAGAGACGAUCCGCGAUCUCCAAGAAAGGUCGGGAUGCCACAUUAACAUUGUCGGGGAAUCUAAGAGCAUCAACGGGUUGCGACCAGUAAAUCUGAUUGGCACUCUCGAAGCUGCCCAGAAAGCCAAGGACCUUAUCAUGGAGAUCGUCGAUAGUGACAGCCGCGGCGAGGGUGGCGCAGGUACCGCGGCGGCGAUCGGAAAGAGGCCGUACGGUGGCCAAAGUGACUCUCACCCGUAUGAAUACCAGAGCAGGGGCGGCCCCCCUCCGCAUCGUGGUGGCGGUGGCGGUGGCGGUCCUGGCGGUGACGGCGGAAUGGGUGGUGGUGACAAGAUCCAGGAGAUUAUCCGCGUGCCCUCGGAUGCAGUAGGCAUGAUUAUCGGUAAGCGCGGCGACACGAUCCGCGAAAUCCAGAACGUGACAGGAUGUAAAAUCAACGUGUCGCAAUCGUCUGGCGAAGGCGAGGUUGAGAGGGAGAUUGCUCUCAUUGGCAGCCAGGAUAGUAUUAACCAGGCCAAGCGAGCAAUCGACGAGAAGAUCGACGCAGUGCGUAUGAAGGGAUCUGGUCCUAGUAGUGGUCCUGGCCGUGGAGGCCCCCGUGGAGGACCCCGUGGAGGUGACCAUGGUGGGUAUGGACAGCACCCUGCCGCCUCUCAAUCGCAUCCGCCGCAACAGAGUGCUGCUGCGGACGGCUCUGAUCCGUAUGCUCAAUAUGGUGGAUAUAACAACUACCUAGCGCUCUGGUAUCAACAAUGGAUCGGCGCGGCUGGUGCUGCUGGUGGCCAACAGCCUGGUGAUGCCCCUCCUCAACCGACUCCUGGGACACAGUAG